AUUCUCUCUGUGUGAUAUAUAUACUGCAACUUUAUCUCCUGUUCUCUCUUUUAACAGUGUGGUAGUGUCCUCAUUUAUCUCCUAACAUCUCCCCCGCACUCCAAUUAUAUUUUCUAUCUAAUAUAUCCAUUUCUCUUCUCUGUGUACCUGCGCUACCCUCUGGAUAUCUGGACCAGCCAUGGUGGUGUGUCUAAGUGGACUAUGGAGGUAUCGGAAUUACCUGAUCAUAUUCCUCAUCCCUCUGUUGAUUCUACCUUUACCCCUAAUAGUUGGGGGACCGGAGGCUAGUUGUGGCUUUGUAAUCAUCCUGAUGGCCCUGUACUGGUGUACAGAGUGUAUGCCCCUGGCUGUGACUGGUCUGCUGCCUGUCAUCCUCUUCCCUAUGAUGGGCAUCAUGGAGUCAAGCGAGGUGUGUAACCAGUACAUGAAGGACUCUAACAUGCUGUUCAUCGGAGGCCUGUUGGUGGCUAUAGCUGUGGAAUACUGGAACCUUCACACACGCAUGGCCCUCAGAGUACUGCUGCUAGUAGGGGUGAGGCCUGCCCUUCUGAUGCUGGGCUUCAUGGGCACCACAGCCUUCCUGUCCAUGUGGAUCAGUAACACAGCCUCCACUGCCAUGAUGCUGCCCAUCGCUAACGCUGUGCUGAAGCAGCUGUGUGACACUGAGGCCCAGGCAGAGGAGAGGGAGAUGGACCUGAUGGCCAUCAGGGGGGCCGGGACUGGGACUGGGACUGGGACUGGGACUGGGACUGGGGUACCAAAGGGCCAGGAAAACCAGGCCUUUGAGAUGGGUGACAAGGAAAAAACUAUUACCAUAGAGCCCGAGCCAGAGGUGGAGGAGAGCCUGGAGGCGAGGGAGAGGAGGCUGAAGAGGGAGGCUAAGUACCUGAACCUCGAUAAAGGCAUGAGUCUCAGUGUGUGUUACGCUGCCAGCAUCGGAGGAACAGCCACCCUCACGGGCACCACCCCGAACCUCAUCCUCAAGGGACAGGUCGACGAGCUGUUCCCAGGAAAUGGAGACAUCAUCAACUUUGCCAGCUGGUUCGGUUUCUCCUUCCCCAACAUGGUUCUGAUGCUGAUCAUUUCCUGGCUGUGGCUGCAGUUUAUGUACCUGGGCUGCAACAUGAAGAAGUCGUUUGGCUGCGGGAUGAAUAAAGAUGGUGACAAGGAGGCGUACGGGGUGAUGAAGAAUGAGUAUAAGAAGCUGGGCAGUAUGUGCUUCGCUGAGGGCUGUAUCCUAGUACUGUUUGUCCUGCUGGUCCUGCUCUGGUUCACCAGAGAACCAGGCUUCAUGCCCGGCUGGGCCACGGUGCUCUUCAACAAGGACAGACCGUACGUCACUGAUGGCACGGUGGCCAUCCUGAUGUCAACACUGUUCUUUAUGAUCCCAUCCCAACUACCCAGAUGUGGCGGGUACUCUGAGGAUGGAAAGCCCCUGAAGGCCCCUCCCACCCUGCUGAACUGGGACGUGGUCCAAGAGAAGAUGCCGUGGAACAUUCUCCUGCUACUGGGAGGAGGCUUCGCUCUGGCCCGGGGCAGUGAGGUGUCUGGUCUGUCUCAGUGGCUAGGAGAAAGUCUGGCCCCCCUGCAAUCCAUCCCUCCCUUUGCCAUUUCCUUCCUCCUGUGUCUACUCACCGCCACUUUCACUGAGUGCUCCAGUAACGUAGCUACUACCACACUGUUCCUGCCUAUACUGGCCUCUAUGGCUGUAGCCAUUAAGCUCCACCCACUGUACGUCAUGCUGCCCUGCACCAUCUGUGCCUCGCUGGCCUUCAUGUUGCCGGUGGCCACGCCCCCUAAUGCCAUUGCCUUCUCUUAUGGCAACCUCAAAGUCAUGGAUAUGGCGAAGGCUGGGUUCGUUCUGAACAUUGUUGGUGUCAUCACCAUCAACAUCGCACUUAACACCUGGGGAGCAGCCAUGUUCAAUCUCAACACCUUCCCUGACUGGGCCAAUGUUACCACCAUACCCACCCCCUGAUCUGGAGACACUGGCAAGGAAGGAAGGAAAGAGGGAAGGAAGGGGAGAACAAAAAGAAGAGGAGGAAGAGAGCGGAGGGAUGGGAAGACGUCUAUCUGGGACAGGCUGUGAACAGAAGACAGUGCUGAUGGUCAACCCACUCAGGGUGUUGUAGGCUCCUACUGUAUACACACUCCAUAUAACAACACACAACCAUAAUCAAUGGUUUUUUGUACAGCUAAAACAUGCAGGUUGUAUUUGAUCCUUUUUCGGAUUGCCAAAUCUGUUUAAGCUUAGAGGAGAGGACACAAGAGGGAGAUCUAUGAUUACGUUAUUAUAUCAAAACAACAACAAACAAACAAACAUCUAUUUAAUGUGAAAGGCAAUCUGAGUUGGAAUACAAAUGUUCUUUUUUAAGUCAGGAAACCAUCAGUGGCAUCAUUAUUAUGAAACGUUGUGCUGUUGGUCCUUAAUGCUGCUGCACAAAAUGUAUAUUUUUAUUACUGUUUCGUCAGUGUUUAUGUAUCAUGUCCACUGUAUUAAAUACUGCACACAGAAACUCAACCCUUCGAAAUAGGAGAAUCAUUUCAAGUGUCCAAUCAAAGGCCAUCGCAAACUAAAUCAAAAUGUUAUUUGGGGGAUUUUUUUUAAAUUUGUAUUGGUUAUAAUUGUAUAUUAGUUCAUGUAUGAUGAUGACAUUACUAUUUGGUUUGCACAUUGAUUUCUUGGGUUCAAACAUUUUGUGGCACUGCUCCCUUCAUACCCACUUCCUGUAGGAUUGCAGAAUAUGAACUUGGGCAAAAAUGAUGGGCUCAAAUCCCAUUGACAUCCAUAGGAUUAUUCCCACUGGCGGAGACCCCACCGGGUUUGAACGGAGACAAGGGUACUGAAGGCAAAUCCUUUCUAUUUCAAUGUUAUUAUUGUUGUUUUCAAUUAUAUAGCUUUCAGAUAAUUCAGAGUCCUUUCAAAGCAGUAGGUAAAAAAUGAAGAAAAAUACAGUACAAAAUAAUAAUUGAGGGUAAUGAAGGAAAUUAAUCAAAUGAAAUGACUAUUUAUAGAAUGAAUUAAAGGAACCACUGGCAGGGGGCCGUGUUCAUUGGACAGUAGGACAGGAUGACCUUUGGAUGACCUUUCCAUGACCUAGGGUCAUCAGGGCGGCCGGUAAUAAAAUGAGAUAUAAAAACA